AUGGGGCAGCACACUAUGAAGCUUCUGCCCGCCGCCCCUACAAGGAGUUCCGUAGUGCCCGAUCGGCUCAAGCUGCUUGAUCGCACGCGCCUCUCGCGCCGACUCUUCUCUCUUGCGGCUGCCAUGGCGAGGGAGAACGCGAUCCUCCCCAAGACCCUCCGCGAAACUCUCGGGGACGCCGUCGGGGACGAGAGCAUCAAUUUCGGCGAGGCCCUCGCGCACGCCGACGGCAUGAAGCUCCACUUCCACGCUGGCCUCCCGCACGGCCACGUAGGGCAAGAGGGGCUAUCACAGAUCGCGGAUCUUCCUGCUGCGCCCAUGAACGUCCACGCAGGCACGAAGAUCUCUUACUUCGGGGACCUGCUGAUGAACCAGGCUUACGGGGAGAUCACGGGCACUGACGGGAAAACGGUCGGUGUCCUCACUGACUGGAAGGACCCCCAAGGGCAACCGUGCCGUUUGGACGUGGUCAAGGACCUUGCCACGAAGUCCAAUUUCAGUGGCCUCCCUCCACCGUUCAACCUCAAGAGCCAACCUGGUGGGCCGUACGUCAUGCAGAUCUUCGUCGUGGGCGCUGGCGAUGGCAAAGUGAACAUUUUCAAGGACGUUGACCUGAAGGGCCAGUUCCUGAAGAUGGCCAACUGCGAGCCCAUGUGUCAUGGCACGGGCGUCGUGUAUCAGUAUGGGAACCAGCGCAGAGCAGGCCGCAAUGCGAUCUGUUACCACCUGGAGAAGCUCGGCGGCCUACAGAUUCGCUUCUCCACGCUGACCGCCACGGCAAAGCCUGCCAAGCGCACGACAAGGUGGGAUAAGAAGCAGGAAGGGUACCGCUACAUCGAGAAGAAGGGCCCGAAGAGCAACAACCGCAAUCAGUUCAUGGAGUUCGCGGACAAGGAGAUCAACGACCCGCAGUCGAAAAUCUACGGUUGGGAGGAGUCCCGCGUGGCCCAGGCGCUGCGGAACCACGCGAGCGGGCGCAUCAACGCCAAGCGCCUCUCUGUCUGGGUGCUCACGCUGAAGGACUUCGAGCCGUGGUUCAUCAACGAGGUGCUCGUGAAGAUCCUGCCAACUCUCCGCCGCAACGGCGUGCUCUGGAUCGGCAAGACCAGGGUGGGGAAGUCGACGGCGUCGAAGACACUUGCGUUCUUGAUGUCCAUGAUCGAGAUCGAUGCCCUUGGGGGCGAUGACAGGGAGGGCGCGCCUGAGCCUUCAAUUGCCACCGCCAAGCAUUUUGAUUUCUUCAAGGGCGAGCCCGCGGAGAGGGUGCUGCCCGCGGUGUUCGACGAUGGGGACUUGCACAAGCAGGACGCGUCUGUGCUGAAGGCCUUCCUCAACCCGAGCGAGGCCGUGAACAACAGCUACGACAAUGCUUUGGAGAAGCGGUUGGUGGCAGAAUGGCGCCAGGGGAAAGCCAUGGAGAUCACGAUCCAGCAGUUCAUGACUCUCAUCGCGCCCUCCCUGAAGCAGAUCACAGAGGAAGAGGACAUGAAGGCCCUGCUCGCGAGGUCCCACAUCGUCGUGACCACGGACGCCCGCGUGUACUUCCGCUUGGCAUCAGAUGAGUUUCCAGAGGACGGCGUCGUGCCCUUUUACACAUACAGCAAGAAGUCAAAGCCUGACCUCUUCAACUACUCGCCCGAGGCGCGCGCGUGCUUCGGCAGGUACAAGGACGACCCGACCUCUCCGAACAACUACCCGUCCGACUUCAAGGAGAAGGCGGAGUGGUCCUUGAAUUUCGCGAAGCGCCUGAUGCGUGGCGAGGACGUGCCCACCGUGUCGAUCACCCGCGGUGCCUCGCUCUUCGGGCAGCCCGUGCAUAGCGUCCAGCCAGCGGUCGUGCCACCGCCAGUGGGCGGUUCAGGCAGUGGCGCGGCUUCUUCGAGCGGCUUGUCAGGGCCGUCUGCGGUCGCUGGCACGGGGUGCGCUGGCGAGCUGAGCAACGUGGAUGCGGCGGAGCAGCAGGCGAUCUACGCCGCGAUGCAGGAACAAUUCUUCGAGGGCAACAAGAAGGACAGCGGCGCGUUGGUGGACCUCAUGUCGCCUCCCCGCAAGCGCCUGGCGACGGGCGCCAGGGCUCCCUUCGGGUGCGGCGGCGAGCUCGGCGACGUGGACUUGGCUGAGCAGGCCGCGAUCUACGAGCAGAUCCAGCGGGCGUUCUUCAACCAGAACCAGGUUGACUCUGGCACGCAGAUGGACCUCACCACUCCUCCCCGUCAGCGCCCUGACACGGCGGGCGACGACUUCGACUUGCAGGCCGAGCUCGAGCGCCACUUAGACAUGGAGGAAGAACUCGAGCGCCAGCUAGCGGAGGAAGCCUGCAAUCAAGCGGCAGAGGACGCCGCGGGCCAGGGCGACGCCACGGAGGAGUGA